CUGCUCUCGGCGAGUUCAUUUGAGUCGUUCCGUCGCACCCACCAUCGGCGCGGGGCCGCCAUGUUCACCUUGACGAGCCAGAGCGACGGGCUUCGCCGGCUCUUCCAGCCGCGGGCGUCGGACGAGCAGCACCAUGAGGUCUUGCGAACUGUCCAGGCGCAAAUGCAGCUGCUAAUGCGACUGCUCCGCCUCCGGCCGCUCUCGCCGGCGCUCGAGUGCCAGCCCGGCUGCGCUGUCACGGUCCAUGGCAUGGAGUUCUUUAACGAAAUCGCGCAUACAGACGCUACCGACGCGAUGGCGCCGCCCACGUACCAGAAGGUGCUGGCCAUCAUUGACGAGCUCUUUGACUGCGUCGACCGCAUCAACGCCGAAAAGCGCGUCGUUACAGACGCGGCCCUCCUCGAGUGCAUCGCGUCGGCGCUCGUGGCCGUCGGCUUUGCGAUGGCCAACAACAUGAUCAACGCCCAUGUCAACACGCUCCUCCAAGACUCGACGUUCAACAUUGCGGACACGCUCGUCUCGGAGGCGCUCUCGACGAUGGAGUUUGGCCACCUGCAUCCGUCGCACGUGCACCCGCUCGUGCCCUCGAAUGGGUCGGUCGCCUUCCACACGGCGACGACCAGCAAAGCGUCGACGGCAACGUGGCAGUGCACCAUCUGCCACCGCGCCGCGAUCGUCAAGACGGACGUGGUGUACCGCUGCGCGGGCUGCAACGUCAAUCUAUGCAAAGAAUGCUACACGCGGAUUCCGACUGGCACCAAGACGCUACCGCCGGCCGCGCCGCACUACAAGCGCCGGCUCGUGACCGGGCUCUGGGCCUCGACCUUCGAGGCGCUCUGCAGCCGCAACCGUCCGUCGGCCGCGCUCGCGCUCGACACGGCGAUGGCGCUCCGGCGACGCAUGGCCGAGCUGCCGUUGACCGCCGGCGCCAACAUGCUCCCGAUCCUCGAGAUGCUCGUCGAGAUGCUCUCGUCGCGCACGUUUCGCGACGUGCUCGUGCGCUCGCAGCUCUGGCUGCCCGACAUCAUCAGCGGCAAGACCAUGGAAGUGGCGUCGUUCCUCGGGCCGUUCUUUCGACACUGCAGCCUCCCGGACGACGCGGUGCCCGGCGACCUCCUCUGCGCGCACACGGACCAGACCAAAGCCAAGACCAUGGCGCGCCUCCGCGAGACCAACGAACGCGUCCAAAUGGCGCUCGUGUCGGUCGUCGACACGCUGCUGCGGCACGGCGGCGUCGUCACCGAGGCCAUGCUGUGCUGGCUAACGUGCGCGAUCGAGUCGAACGGCAUUCGUCGGCGGCUCGGGCACUCGCCCGUCGAGUGCGCCUCGGACGGGUUCCUGACCAACCUCGCGGCCGUCGCGUUGCAUUUUGCGGCCGAGACCCAGCCCUCGGAGAUCGACGCGCGGUACCACGGCUACACGCUUGGCGGGCGCAUCUCGAUGGCCGACAUGGCGCGCCUCGUCAAGACGCCCGCCACCUCCAAGGACGACGCGACGUGUGGUCGGGCGACUACGGCCGCGUCGUCGUACUACCCGUCGUACGAAGCCAACCUCGGCGUCGUGUGCGACCACUGCCAAGCGAAGGACUUUGUCGGCGUCCGGUACAAGUGCGGGUUCUGCGACGACUACGACCUCUGCGGCCACUGCUUUGAGCGCUUUUACGAGCAGAACCAUGUUCUCCGGCACAGCCCCGACCACGCGUUCAUUCGCAUGUCGGUGCCCUUGCCCCAAGUCACGACGUGGCCGUUCCGCAAGUGCGCCGACCUUUUCGAGGGCGACGCGACGACCGACAUCGACGAGUGCGCGUCGAUGACGUGUGACGUCUGCGCCGUCACGAUCACCGACCGCGGUUUCCAGUGCGGUGCGUGCGACCGGUUUGUGUGCGCGUCCUGCGUCGACGUCGAGGAGCAGCUCGCGAUAUCGCCCGGUCUCUUUGGCGACGCAAGCUUGAACCCGCACCGGCUGCACGCCCCGGGGCACCACUACUUUGUACUCCCGGCGACGCUCUGGCGGCACCGCCGACGCGUCCGGUUUGGCGGGGCACUGUACCCGCCGCCCUUUAUCAGCGCGUUCCGCGACACUGACCGUCAAGUGACCGAGUGGUGGUACAUGGCGCUCAAGGUGCUCCACGUCGGCCCCGUCCUCUCGAUGAUGCGAUACGUCUCGGUGCACCGCGAGUACCAGCAGCUGAAAGCGCUCUGCAACAUGGAGUCGCGCUCGCGGCAGCAGGGCGCGGCCGGCCGCCGGUCGUCGCGCUCGAGCCACAGCAUGAACUUGAACGCCAACCACCUCCGCGUCGAAGAGCUCUUGAAGACGAAGACGGCGAUGGAGGUCCAGCUCUUUGCGCCGAGCUUGCUCCAGGCUCUCUUUGGCUUUUACGCGCGCGUCUCGUCCUGGCUACUGCACUUAGCUGGCGUCGGGCCGCUGCACGCCGACUCGAUGUGCCCGACCGACGUGCCUGCCGCCUACGCCGACGUGCCCGAGGCGUUCCUCUGCAACGUGGCCGACGUUGCGUAUAUCCUUGGCGUGCACCCGUGCGACGGCGUCGCGUGGACGUCCGAGAUCUUGACGCCGUUGCUGACGCUGCUCUUUUUUGUGCUGUCGCAUCGCCCGUUGACCAACUCGCCGCACGUCCGCGUCCAGCUCAUCCGCGCGCUGCUCUCGCUCGCGCCGCUGACCAAGGACAACACGAGCCGCGCGCCGCCGCUGCUGUACGACCUCUUGUCGACGAAUGCAUUCCUGCGCGCGCAGGCGGUCUCGUGCCUCCUCUCCUGUCACAGCGACUUGGAGACGUAUAGCUCGAGCACGGGCGGCGACACGUCGUGGGGGCUCUUGCCCGCGCGGCUCUCGACGACGCUCCUUCUGCGCUGGCUCUGGAACAACCAAGUGCAGCAACCGCGGAUCAUUGCGCAGCAAGAUGCGCACAGCAUGGUGCUGCUCUUCUCGGGCGUCCUCAACGACAUCACGCGGCUCCUCGACGAAGCCUCGGUCAAGGUCACGGCCAUGCGCCGGCUCCAAGAGCUCCAAGACUCGCCGCAUACGACGACGGGCGCGUACUUUCAACCGUCGAUGAUGCAGAGCUACCUCGCACUGCACUUUAACAAGGCGCGGACGACGUUUCGCGUGCUCAUCGAAUGCCUCGAGCUCCUCGCGUGGAUGGCGUCGGCGCCCGCCCUCCGCGCCGUCCUCUGUCGCCGGUCGCUGGUCGAUCAAACCGCGACGACGCUCUGCUUUGUGGUCUCGUCGCUCGAGACGCAGCUGCACCCGACGCGGUGGGGCUUCUCGGGCGAGAUCUUUCAGGACGGCAUGCUCGCCCUUGCCGAAGCGCUACUGAUUGUGGUGCGUUGCGCGGGGUACCACGCAACGUGCCCGGAGGCGUCGUCGUGGAAGCUCUCGAACUACGCCGGCAUCCUCAUGGAAGAGAAGAUUGGGGACUUGGACGUGCACCAACGCUGGAAGCUCAGCUCGUGUCUCUUUCGUCUCGAGAAGGAGGCGAUGGCGCCGCCGGCGCUCGAGCGCAUGCCGUCGGACGACGAAGACGAUGUGACGGAUGACAGUGACGACGCAAUGGACGAAGACGCGGCGCUCGCGCGCCUCGAACUCAUGGCGGCCCACCGCCGGCAGCAAGCUGACGACGACCGCGCGCAGAAGCAGCUCUCACAGCGGUUCCUGGCGGCGCUGGCGGCCGACGGUCGCUUUGAGCCGGUGCGCUUCCGGCGGGCGGCCGUGCUGUUGCGCAGCGACCCGUCGCUGACCAACAUGUGGCGCGACAAGUUUGUCGAAGUCGUAGAUUACACGGAGACGCUUCUGCAGCGCCAGGCCGCGAUGGAGACGCAGCUCGGGUCGGUGCCAGACGAGUACCUAGACCCGAUUUUGCAUACGCUCAUGCUGCACCCGGUGCAGUUGCCGUCCGGCCACAUUGUCGACCGGUCGAUGAUCGAGCGCCACUUGCUCUCGGCAAGCGUCAACCCGUUCAGCCGCGAACCGUUGACGAUGGAGAUGCUCCUGCCGUGCACGGAGCUCCAGGCGCAGAUCCACCGGUUUGUGCGCCAAAAGCUGUCGCGGCCGCUGGCGACCGACGGCUCCGACGACGACUGGGGCCUCGGCUGGGACAGCCUCUUUGAGGCAUCGCCCUAGUGUUUUAUAUAUAAAAGAUAGGAUACCCAAUGCAGCGCUACUUGUAGUAUUAUGUACAUUUUGCUGUUAAGUCAUAGCGACCCUGACAUCAUUCAAUAGCCCUCGUGCGCACACCACUCGGACGCACGGGCUUGCUACGUUGAAGCGCGCCCUUAGACCAUAGUGAAUCCAGCAUUGUUUGCCUCUCG